AUGUCGUCCACUGACAUCCGCAGCACCAACGACAUCACCUCGACGGCGGUGUCGGACACCAAUGACUCCCUAGCCACGUCCUCCGGUGGCGCGAACAACACGGCAAACACGCUCACCACCGAUGUCAUCAUCCGCGAGUGCAUCAAGCAGGGCUUUUAUCGCAACCCCAUCUGCAACGAGAAGCUGUACUUGCACAAUCGUGGCUACGACAGCAUUGCCCCCACCGCCUUCGAACCCUACACGGAUGUAAAAGUGCUCUGGCUGGAGGGCAACGGACUCUCGGUGCUGCCGUGCGGCGGUGGCUAUACGCAGGUGCGCCCGCCAGCGCGCGUGGACCCGUUUGCGGCGGAGCUGGAGGCGGCCGAGGCUGAGCAGGCCGCAGUGCCGGCUAGGUUUUCGGUACAGCACGUAGACCCCAGCACAGAGGCGAUGCACCACCACCAAGACGCGCUCUCACCAAACGUCGUUGCUCAGAAAGAGUCCUCGCUUCCGCUGGCGGCCGAUGUGCCGCCCAAGGACCGCGACGCCUUCAGCUCCCUCUACCCAACCGUGCGCCAGCUGUACCUGCACAACAAUCUCUUCCGAUCGAUGCCGGACCUCUCGCGGUUCGAGAGACUGGACGCGGUGAACUUAUCAGGCAAUUUCUUCCAGACGGUAGAGCCGCACUGUGCCCACUACGACUCCGCGGUGUGCCAACACCAUGCCAGUGAAGUGGCAGACGGCACAUCACCGACGUCGGCAAUGACCUCCGGUGCGAGUCCAUUGCUCUCCAAGAGCCUGCAGCGCGAGCAGGAGCAGCGGCGGCAGCAGGUGUCGCCUGACCCUUACAGCGCAGGCGGAACUGCGCCAUCUGAGGAUUUGACCGUGGUCGCCUCGCCAGAAGACGCUAAGCGGCAGCGUACCAUGCAGCUGGAGCGCUACCGUCACACCGCCGAUGUCUUCUCGGUCUUCUGCGGGCACAGCCCACUGCCGGAGAGCGAGGAGGCGGAGGAGGCAAGGGAUGAGGACCGCCAGCGCAGAGUCUCAUCCUUGCCCCUCAAGCAGCCGCCACCACCGGCACCGGAGCACCGCAACCCGUGCAGCUCGCUGCGCAAUCUCAACCUGGCAGGCAACCGCCUGCAGGGUUUCGAGGACUGCCUCGGGCUUCUCUGCUACCGCUCGCUGGCGGUGCUAGACCUCAGUCACAACCACAUCGCGGACGGCGAAGCACUGCUGCUGAUCCUCGAGCGCCUGCCGCGCCUGCAGUCGCUCAAGCUCUCCGGCAACCCACUCGUCCGGUCGCUCCCGCGCUACCGCAAGCGCGUCCUGUCGCGGUGCAAGAGGUUACUUCACUUGGACGACCGCCCGGUAUUUGCUGAGGAACGCCGAGUGGUCACGGCGUGGGCCAUCGGCGGCGACGACGGAGAGGAGAAGGAGCGGCACGCGAUUCAGGAAGAAAGGGCCGCGGCGGAGAAGAAGCGACUGGAAGACUUCCGCCGCCUCAUCUCGCGCCAUCAGCGCACCGGUGCUGUUGAGGCGCCGCACGAGGACUACAUAAACGCCAUCACCACGGUGGCAGCGCUGUCGACAGCGGCGGACACGGCCGACAGCCACGGCCGGAACCGCGCCGGUCGAAGCUCCACAGGGACUGUGCAGCGGCACAGCCGUCCGCCGACGUCCGACCCCGACUCCUCUUCCACCAGCUCUGAAAGUGAGGAUGACGCUGAUGAUGACAACCAAGCCGGCAGCGGCACAGGUGAGCAGUCAGCCGCGGCGAUGGGGGCAUUAGUGGCGAAUGUGAGCAAUACUGCUGCGCAGGCCGACGUCUCUGCUGCUGCUGCAGUCGGAAUGAUCGCCAGCCAACACGAGAACAAGCCGCCCAGAGAGGUUCGAGGCGCAUCGUCGUCGCAGCUGCAGCAGCAGCAGCAGCAGCGUGUGCUGAGUUCGAAUCAGCGUGUCGAGGCGGCAGCAUCGACCGCCGCAGGCGCAGACGACGACGAAAACAACGACAUUUUCGUUCCCAACGCAGUGUAA